GGAGCAGAACGGAACUUUUGUGGACUUUUGGGGCGUCAUGACCGACAGGUCUCUGCCCGCCUCGCCGAACUGGUACUGCUCGCGCUGCAGUGACGUCAGCAGCAGCGGCGUGCUGGGGGUCGGAGCCAGAAAUGUGGUUUAUUUGAUUGACGUGAGCGCAUCCGCGUGCCGGGUCACAGGGCAGCUGGUGGGCCAUGCGAACCUGGUAUCAGGCUUCUCCUUCUGCCAGCACGCGGGUCAGAACCACGUCUGCGUCAGCUCCUCCACCGACGGCAGCGUCCGCUUCUGGGACUCCAACAGCAGGACGCUGAUCCGGGAGCAGCUGGCUCAUCAGAACCCCGUCUCGGCGCUGCACUGGUCCCCGGUGGACAAAGACCUGGUGGUGUCGGGGGACGAGAAGGGGGUGGUGGUGUGCCACUGGUUCCACACCGGAGACGCCGCCAGCUUCUUCCCUGAGCCCAGGACCAUCGUCUGCCUCACCUGCUCGCCCCACACUUGGAGCUGUGUGGCCGUUGGGUACAAAGACGGCAUGAUUGUUCUGGUGGAUGUCAGUAAGAAGGGGGAGGUGACGCACCGCCUCCGCGGACACGACAACGAGAUCCACUCGCUGGCGUGGUCGCCCGUGACGGGGGAGCCGGCGCUGUACAGCCGAGCCGAGGACGACCCAGGUUCUGCAGGACGGAGCGGGUCUGGGCCGUACCGCGGCGACUUUAACGGUUUGUGUGGUUCUGCAGCAGACGGAGCGUCUGCAGGAGAGCGCGGAUGCUACCUGGCUUCAGGGAGCAAAGACCACACAGUCAGGAUCUGGAGCACCGCCAAGGGCAAAGGAGUCAUGACCCUGAAGCUGCCGUUCCUGAAGAGGAGAUCCUCCGCCGUCGACCCCGGGGUCAAAGAGCGCCUCUGGCUGAGCGUCCACUGGCCCCCGGGCCGACCCACCGAGCUGGUGUCCAGCUGCUUCAGCGGAGAGCUGCUGCUGUGGGACCUGACCAGAGGCGGGAAGCAGCGCUGGACUCUGUUUGGAUCCUCCGCAGAGGGUCAGAACCACAACCGGAUCGUCUUCAACACCAGCUCGCUGCGCCUGCAGGACGGCGGGGAGCUGCUCCUCAGCACCUCCAUGGACCGGGAGAUCAAAUGUUGGGACCUGAAGACCCUCAGCUGCUGUUGGACCCUCUUCUCCCUGGGGGGCGCCGUCAACUCCCUGACCUUCUCCCCCGUGGGGGCGGGCUGCCUAGCGCUGGGCGUGGGUGACAACAUGAUCCGGGUGUGGAACACUCUGAGCUGCCAGAACCAGUACGACAUCCGGACCUUCUGGCAAGGCGUCAAGUCCAAAGUGACCGCGCUGGCCUGGCACCCCCACAAAGAAGGAAGCCUGUCCUUCGGAACCGAAGACGGGAAAGUUGGAAUCUACGACGUCUUCUCAAGCAAGCCUCCUCAGAUAUCCAGCUCCUACCACAGGAAGACGGUGUACACGCUGGCCUGGGGGCCGGCCGUGCCCCCCCUGUCCUUUGGUUCAGGUGGAAAGCAGAGCUUCAGCUUGUACAGCUGCGCUGGUGAAGGCGUGAUUCUGCAGCACGAUGCGGCGAGGCUGAGCGGCGAGGCCUCCGACAUCGACCAGCUCAUCAAAGACACCAACAGCAUCAAGCACAAGCUGUCUCCACACACCGACCUCAGCUGGAAGCCGGAUGGGACAGUCGUUGCCAUCGGUAACGAGGACGGGUCCAUUGAUGUUUUCCGAGCCCCCGACCUGAAGCUGCUGUGCAGCGUCCAGCAGCACCACAAGAUCAUCAACUCACUGCGAUGGCACCACCAGCACGGCUCCGCCCCCCAGCUGCACGCCCUCCUGGCCUCGGGCUCCAGCAACGCCAUCGUCUACGUGCACGACCUCCGCUCCGUCAUAGAUGACCCUCCAGAGACUCCGGUCGUCCUGACUGAACCGUUCCGGCGGCUGUGCGGUCACACAGCGAAGAUCACCGGGAUGGCGUGGAGUCCACAUCACAGCGCCCGGCUGGUCACGGCCUCGUAUGACGGCACGGCUCAGGUGUGGGACGUUCUGGAGGAAGCCGCCGUCUCCAACUAUCGGGGUCACGUGGGGUACCUGCUGUGCGUGGACUGGUCUCCCGUGGAUCCGGACGUGGUCUGGACCGGAGGGAAAGACUUCACGGUGCAGGAGUGGAAGGUCUCCCAGCAGGAGUUCACCAACCCGCCUAAAGGUAAGAAGAUGAGCAUGCUCCAGGACAAGAAGAAGUCUGGCUCCAAGCAGAAGAAGAAGAACCGCAGCGCAGCGGGGCCCGGAGGAGACGGGGUGCCGAAGAUGAACGGAGACGGAGAGAAGAGGUCGGCGGAGCAGUCGGAGGAGGAGGAGGAGGAGGCGAGGUCCACGAGCAGCACGGAUCCUCCAGGAGCGUCUCUGGAGAUCCAGAAGAAAUCCUCGUCUGCCAUCAAGAGUAAAGAGAAGCCUCCAGACCCGGGCCUCCUGAAGAAGAAGAAGCCUCGCUCCAUGCUGCCGGUCAGCACCGCCAUGGACCACCGGCCCAGAGAGGAGCUGCUGCAGGACUGCAUCGCUCUGGCCGCGGUGCAGCACUCAGCGCCCCCUGCUGGCUGCAGCCCGGGUCAGGGCGACCACGUCCACUUGGGGCUGUUCGCGGACCGCCGCGCUCUGCACCGCAUGCUGCAGGCUGAAGAGGAAGGUCACGUGGAGGCGGGGCACUUCGACUCGGUGGUGUACCUGCGGCUGUGGAGCGGCGACCUGCAGGGGGCGCUGCAGCUGGCGACGGAGAGAGGAGAGCUGAACGACCACCUGCUGUCCGUGGCUCCGAUGGCCGGUUUCGCCGCCUGGAGCGGCGCCGUGGAGGCUUACGUCCGGCAGCUGGUCCUGCAGGAGCAGUACCUGAAGGCGGCGUCUCACCUGCUGUCCGUCCACAGAGUGCACGAGGCCGUGGACCUGCUGCGGACCCACAGGCUCUUCAGGGAGGCCGUCGCUCUGGCUAAAGCACGGCUGGCGCCGGACGAGCCGGUCCUGAAGGAGCUGUACGCCAGCUGGGCCGCGGUUCUGGAGAAGGACGGCCAUCUGUCUGCAGCGGCGAAAUGUCACCUCGCCGCCGGCUCCGGGUUCGACGCCGCCAAAGUCAUCGCCAAGAAGAACGACGUGGCGUCUUUGAGGACGGCGGCCGGCGUGGCCAGGAUCUCGGGGGAGGGGGCUCUGGCUCAGACGCUGGCGCUGCGAUGCGCCAAAGAUCUGGCGGCUGCUCAUGAUUGGCUGGCGGCGCAGGAGGUCCUGCGCGGUCAGGAUAACCUUCUGGUCCACAGGCUGCACCUCUGCACGGCCGAACUGCUGACCGCGGCGCUGCUGGACGCCGGGGUCAUCCCUGCAGCCUCCUGUAGCUCCACCCACCAGUGGGCGGAGCCAGAGAAACAUCCCAGCACCAUCCAGGACCGGGUGAGAGACGUGUGGGAGGAGGAGUUUGGCCUUUCCGCAGCAGAAGACGGCAGCGUGGAGGCUCUGCUGCAGGAGCUGCGGUCUGUGGAGAGCCCCGCCCCCAGCGCCAGCGCCCCCCUGAAACAGGUGCUGCUGCAGGCGGCGCUCCACCUGAGCCGCGGCGUGCUGGGCUGGAUCCUGGACGACGACGCGCUGCUGCUGACGGAGCUGUGGUGGGCGGCGGCCUGGAUCCGGGACGCCGGGCUCUUCUGCGCCUCCGCCGAGAUCUGCAGGCGGAUGUUCCCUGAAGGUGACGUCACGCUUUUCUCCAGAAAACGUCCAAAAACCCUGAAGGCGUCAGACGGCGAGGCGCCAGACGGCGAGGCGAGCGCCGCGCUCCGCAGCCUGCAGGCCUUCGUCUGCUACCACCGCCUGUACGAGCGCUGGUGGAGGUGCGCCGCAGAGCCGGCGCCGCCUGAAGGCGAGGAGGACUUUGGCGUGCUGCUGUCCGAGCCGCACGCCGCCUGUCAGAGCGUGCAAAGGGCGGUGCAGGAGGUCCAGGAGCGGCUGGCCGCCAUGGUGCUGCAGCACAGCCGGGCGCAGGAUUCUGAUGGAGGCGGGCUCCACCAGAACCCUGCAGAGAACAGCUCCGAGGAUCCGGAGACUCUUCUGUCUCUGUCCUCCAGCAUGUCCAAACACCAGCAGCAGCUGCUCGACCUGCCCGACUCCCUGAAGGCGUUUCCUCAUCCGGACGUCCUGGAGUGUUGCCUCGUGCUCCUGCACCUCAGCCGAUGCUCGGGCGCCGUGUCCGCGUCGCUGCGGCAGAAAGCGGAAGAUCUGCUGCAGAAAGACGGGAAGAGUCCCGCCGUCCUGAAAGCGUCUCGCCGCUUCGUCACAUGAUCACCUCUGCACCUGUACAGUUUGGAUUAAUAAAAGAACCAUGAAACUCA